GCCGGAAAUUAUCAUUAGAAGAAGAAGACAUCCCUGGCUGAUUCAUUGUUGUCAGUCAAUUUAACGCCGCUUCACACAGAAAAACACACUUUUCGGGACGCCGGAUAGUUUUGAAAAACAGAUACUGAAAUGGAUCGGCUUCUGAGGCUUGGAGGUGGAAUGCCGGGGCUUGGUCAGGGCCCCCCAACAGAUGCACCUGCUGUGGACACAGCAGAGCAGGUGUACAUCUCUUCUUUGGCCCUGCUCAAGAUGUUGAAGCAUGGGCGUGCAGGUGUACCAAUGGAAGUCAUGGGACUGAUGCUGGGAGAGUUUGUUGAUGAUUACACAGUGCGAGUGAUUGAUGUGUUUGCCAUGCCUCAGUCAGGAACGGGUGUGAGUGUUGAAGCAGUGGAUCCUGUGUUCCAGGCCAAGAUGUUGGACAUGCUGAAGCAGACCGGCAGACCAGAGAUGGUGGUUGGGUGGUACCACAGUCACCCUGGCUUUGGCUGUUGGUUGUCCGGCGUUGACAUCAAUACGCAACAGAGCUUCGAGGCCCUGUCAGAGCGAGCCGUCGCAGUGGUGGUGGAUCCCAUCCAGAGUGUCAAAGGAAAGGUUGUUAUCGAUGCCUUCAGAUUGAUCAACGCCAACAUGAUGGUUUUGGGUCAUGAACCAAGACAAACCACGUCCAACCUGGGGCAUUUGAACAAGCCCUCAAUCCAGGCUCUGAUUCAUGGACUUAACAGACAUUACUAUUCCAUCACCAUCAAUUACAGGAAAAACGAGCUUGAGCAAAAGAUGCUGCUGAACCUGCAUAAGAAGAGCUGGAUGGAAGGGCUCACCCUGCAGGACUACAGUGAGCACUGCAAGCUCAAUGAGACAAUUGUCAAAGAAAUGCUGGAGCUGACAAAGAACUACAAUAAGGCGGUUGAAGAAGAAGAUAAGAUGACCCCAGAGCAGCUGGCAAUCAAGAAUGUUGGAAAACAGGAUCCCAAGAGGCACUUGGAGGAGCACGUGGAUGUUCUAAUGACAUCUAACAUUGUCCAGUGCCUAGCAGCCAUGUUGGAUACUGUCGUUUUCCAGUGAUGAUUCCAGUUAAAAAACAAAAACAAAGGAUGUAUCAUUUAGGUUCAGUGUCUCUACAUGCUACAUACUUUGCACCUGUAAUGUUCAGUAAACCGACAUCAUGACGUUAGAGGUGAGCAAAUGAGCCGCGAGCACGACGUAAGAGGAGUUUCAUUCUAAAUAAUUUCCACACAAAUGCACCGAGUGCAGCUUUAGUUAUUUUUUACUUUCACAAAGACGUUAUAAACCCCCGGUGUUUGGUCUGAACAAAAGACGCUGAGUAAUUGUCUGGAUGCACAAAGACGUGUAUCAUCUGUUACUAAAAAAAGAAGCAUUUACAGAUUGUUGACAAUAAAACUGUCUGAAUUCUCAUUCAGAUUUCUUGUUCUGAGCCUUAAUACGAAAAAGUUUAUCACAGGGAGAGGAAAAGCAGCUCAAUAAUGGGUUUGCAGGAUCUCAGCCAGAGAAGCAGCUUGUGUUGCAGUGACUCCAGUGAGCAUAUGGUCUUUCUCCUCUCUCGAGUAUACACUAACUUGACGCAGAGUUAUGACCGAUGAGGCCUUCUGCCAUUAUAUUGACGUCGGGAGGCUUCAGGUUACAUCAUUUCUGUUCCUGCCUGAAAUCCCUGCAAACAACUCGGCAUGUGAGGCUGUGAUAUGAAAUGAAACACCUUCCUCUGGUGAUUUGGGGGAGUGUGAUUCCUUCAUAGGUUAUAAAGAAUGAUGACCUCAAACUGAA